GAGUUCCUUGGUUUUGUGUACAAUUUGAAGCCAUUUGGAGUCAGCAUUGCUUGAGUUUGAUUUUGCUGCUGUAAUUUGUUCCUAUGUCCUUGGUUUGUCAAACUUGUAGAACUUGCUUCAUUCAGCUGCUCUAACUGUGCUAAACUUUGCUCAAUUGACCCAACUGGCUGCUUUUUCACGUCCUGAAUGUGCUCGACUAUAUUUCUUGACGACACCCCGGUAUUAUUCUCCUUUUGCAGGAGGGUUUGUUGGUGUGAGAAGGGAUGGAACUCUUGUUUAAAGGUCUCAAUGAGCAUGCACCCGACUGUGCCUUUAAUGAGAAGGCGAUUCAGAGAUGCCCCUUUUUGAGGAAUAUUAACAAGCCAACGUGCUUUUCCUUUUCAUUUCUAGAUCCACCUCAACCUGUACAGGGAGCCAAAGGUCCGAUUUUUGAAGAUGGUCCUAAUUUCGACAUGGCUUUUAAGCUCUUCCAUGGAAAGAAUGGAGUUGUCCCACUCACCGAGAGUCCCAACGUUCCUAAUACUGAAGCUGUUGCUGAGCCUAUACCUCAAUUCAAUCCCUUGGCAGCAAAAGCAGCGACUAUCAGUCUGUCUGCUUUUGGUCCAGGGGGUCCGUUUAGCUUCGGUCCCUUUUUUGAUAGAUCGAGGAAACAGAAGAAGCGGGUUGAUUCAUCCGACAAGAAAGGACCCUCUUCUGAGAAAGGAAAUCCAACCAAUCACGAGGCACAUGGAAACGAAUGGUUGCAAACGGGUAAUUGCCCAAUAGCUAAGUCAUACAGAGCUGUCAGCAGUGUCCUUCCACUGGUUGCGAAGGCUCUUCAGCCACCACCAGGCAUAAAGCUCAAAUGCCCACCCGCAAUAGUCGCCGCAAGAGCGGCCCUUGCCCGGACAGCCUUGGUUAAGACAUUGCGUCCUCAACCCCUCCCUUCAAAGAUGCUAGUAAUUGCGCUCUUGGGCAUGGCUGCCAACGUGCCUCUAGGUGCGUGGAAGGAGCACACAGAGAAGUUUUCUCUAUCAUGGUUUGCAGCAGUUCAUGCGGCUGUACCCUUCAUUGCCAUGUUGAGAAAGUCGGUUGUGAUGCCUAAAUCGGCUAUGGCGUUGACGAUCAUGGCCUCCAUAGUAGGCCAAGUUAUUGGCUCCAGAGCUGAACGGAUCCGGAUGAAAGCCGCUGCUCAAAGGGUGGUGGCUCCAAACUUAAUAAUUGAUGGCAUCGCACACCGCGGUACGAGCGAGGGUGACAUUUCCAGCAUCAACUGCAGUACACAAGGAAUGAUGAGAAACUCGCCUCCAGUAGAAGCUUGUGGUACAGCUUCAGGAUCUAGUGUUUGUUGCUAGUACUUUCAAUUUGUGAUUAAGAUCUCGUAAGAUCAGCUGAGAAUCAUUAUCCAUGCAGCAUUUGAGAUCGACUUAUUUGGAGGACCCUACAGUAAACGAUAACAAUUAUUUAUGUGAUAUUGACAUCGUGGUAUGUACGAUCUUUCUCCUCUGUGAGAAUAAUAUUGAGGCAUUGUGGUCCUGUGAUCUUUUUCCUCAGCAUUCAGAACUUCCCUUCUUGAAAAAAGUUCAUUAUCAGUUAUAUAAGAAAUUCUACAUUUCUAUA